UCGAGUCCAUACCGUAGUCCGUAGCGGAGGAAGCAAAGCUGGGAGGGUGGGAGAAUGGGAGGUGGCCGUUCCCCUCUGCUCCACUGCGCCUUCCCUCCUCCUCUCUUCGCCUCCAUCGUCUUCCUUCUUCUCCUUCCUUUCGUCUUGUUCUACUUCAACCGAGCCUUCACCACGGCCAACAGCCUUCUCCUCGCCUCUGCCUGCUUAGCUCUUGUCUCCAUCCUCCUCGUCUGGUCACGCUUCCUUAAGCUCAGAGCGGCACGGAAGGGCGUACCGGUUCGGUGGUUCAUCGGCGACGACGUUGCUGGAAGAGUUUCCAACAGAGGGAUCAAGAGUGGCAAGGCUGAGCGUGAAGGAGUGGUGUUCUUUGGUAAUGGGGACGCGUACGAAGGGGAGCUUCACAAGGGGAGGUGUCACGGGAGUGGGGUGUACCGCUUCUUCGUCAAGGGGCGGUAUGAGGGGGAUUGGGUUGACGGGAAGUACGACGGGCAUGGGACUGAGAGCUGGGCGAGGGGAAGCCGGUACCGGGGGCAGUAUCGACAGGGGAUGCGGCACGGUUUCGGGGCGUACCGGUUCUACGACGGGGACAGCUACGCCGGCGAGUGGGUCGGCGGGCAAAGCCACGGGUGCGGCGUCCAGACCUUCUCCGAAGGCAGCUGCUAUUCUGGGGAGUUCAAGUGCGGGGUCAAGCACGGCCUUGGCCAGUAUCGCUUCAGAAAUGGUGAUUGGUAUAGUGGCGAAUAUUUCGGAGACAAAAUCCAUGGUUUUGGGGUGUACAACUUUGCUAAUGGCCACUGCUACGAGGGCUCAUGGCAUGAAGGAAGGAGACAGGGUUUUGGAACAUACACAUUCCGAAAUGGUGAGAGGAGGUCUGGUGAGUGGGACUGUGGCGUUCUGAAGAACAGCCUCCUCGCGUCAGACCCUGUUGUUGAGCGAGUUCUUGAGGCUGCAAGGAAGGCAGCAGAGAAUGCUACCCUUCUUCCGCUGGUGGAGGAGCAAGUUAAACAGGCUGUUUCAGCUGCAAAUAAAGCAGUCACAGCUGCCCGAGUUGCUGCAAUCAGAGCAGUCCAGAACCAGAAGGACGGGAAAUGCUGUGAUCUAUACGUGUAAGUUUACACCUCUCAAUUGUACAUUUUUCCGAUAAACUAUAAACUUGUCAGAGCAUCAUCAUCGAUCGGUAGGCAAAUACCUGCCUGAUCUGAGCUGGGGAAUGUGAAUGGAAUAGAGAUUCAAUAAACUGACAGCAAAUGUUUGGCAACUUGUUUACG